AUGAAGGCUUCCUGGUCCUUUGCGGCAACCGUCGCUGCUCUCGCCUCCAAGGCUGUCGCUUCUAGCGACUGCCACUGCCUGCCCGGCGAUAGCUGCUGGCCUUCGACCUCCAGCUGGGACUCCCUCAAUAGCACUGUGGGCGGUCGCUUGGUUGCGACUGUUCCCAUUGGUACUCCUUGCCAUGACCCUAACUACAAUGGCGCCGAGUGCACGAACCUGCAGGACAACUGGUACUACCCGCAGACUCACUUGGUCUCUUCUUCUUCUGUUAUGCAGCCCUACUUUGCCAACCAGAGCUGCGAUCCUUUCCAGCCUGAGUCCCGGCCCUGCCUGCUUGGCAACUACGUGAGCUACGCUGUCAACGUCUCCACGACUGAUGAUGUUGUUGCUGCGGUCAACUUCGCUAAGGAGAACAACAUCCGUCUCGUGAUCAGGAACACCGGUCAUGAUUACCUUGGCCGUUCCACUGGUGCUGGUGCCCUGGCCAUCUGGACUCACUACCUGAACGACGUCGAGAUCACCGAGUGGUCGGACUCCACCUACGAGGGUUCUGCUGUCAAGCUGGGCAGUGGUGUCACGGGCUACAAUGUACUCGAUGCUACCCACGGAAAGGGACUUGUUGUCGUCGGCGGCGAAUGCCCUACUGUCGGUCUCGCUGGUGGAUACACCAUGGGUGGCGGUCACUCCGCUCUGAGCACUGCCUUCGGUCUGGGUGCUGACCAGACUCUGUCCUUCGAGGUUGUCACUGCUUCGGGCGAGGUCAUCACGGCCUCCCGGACCAACAACACCGACCUGUACUGGGCCCUCAGUGGUGGUGGUGCCGGUAACUUCGGUGUUGUUACCUCUCUCACCGUCAAGGCCCACCCGGAUGCCACCGUCUCCGGUGCUGCCCUUGAGUUCACCGUUGCCAACAUCACCUCCGAUCUCUUCUUCGAGGCCGUGGAGCACUUCCACACCCUGCUGCCCGCCAUGGUCGAUGCUGGCACCACCGUUAUCUAUGAGAUGACCAACGAGAUCUUCCUCAUCAACCCCUUGACCGCCUACAACAAGACCACCGCUGAGGUCAAGACCAUCCUGUCUCCCUUCCUCUCCGCCCUGACCGACCUGGGCAUCGCGUACACCGUCGCCUACACCCAGUACUCCUCUUACUACGAGCACUACGAGAAGUACAUGGGACCCCUCCCCUACGGCAACCUCGAGGUCGGCCAGUACAACUACGGCGGUCGCCUCCUCCCCCGCGACACCCUCACUUCCAACACCGCCGACCUCGUCUCCGUCCUCCGCAACAUCACCAAUGACGGUCUCAUCGCUGUCGGUGUCGGUUUGAACGUCACCAACUCCAACGACACCGCCAACGCCGUCUUCCAGCCCUGGCGUAACGCCGCCGUGACCAUGCAGUUCGGAUCCGCCUGGAACGAGACUGCCCCUUGGUCCGAGAUGGUCGCCGACCAGCUGCGCAUUGCCAACGACUACAUUCCCCAGUUCGAGGCCGUGACCCCCGGCUCUGGCUCCUACGAGAACGAGGGCAGCUUCCGUCAGCAGAACUGGCAGAAGGAAUUCUUCGGCGCCAACUACGCCCAGCUCUGCGAGGUCAAGGAGAAGUACGACCCCGACCACGUCUUCUACGUCACCAAGGGUGCUGGUAGCGAGUACUGGUCUGUGGCUGAGUCGGGUCGCAUGUGCAAGACUGAGCAGGCAUGCGCUGCUGUCUGA